GGCUGUAGAUAGACCAUAUGGGAUAUAAUUUGAUUUAGAGAUUCCUGCGUCUGGACCAAGAAUGGGAAAACAAAAGACGAUGAGGAUGCAGAAAAGAAUAAUUUCUGUGGAGGAUUUUGACAUCAGUCCCGUUACCUCGGCGAACGCCCUCGAUCUUAAUGGAGAUUUAUUGUUGAUUUUGCCGAUGAUUCUCACGUUUAAUCUCAGAGAAAAUGAAAGGGUGGGACAACGCCAUCGAUGUGACAGGCAGUCUGCACUAUGAUUUAUCUCUGAUUGUCUAGUUUUAUGUUCAUCAAUAUAUCUUGACAUAACAAUAUUUAAACAGCACGUCGCCGCUGUAGUGGGGACUUUUGGGCAGGGUUUGGUUGGAUUGGUAAACCCUGUUGUGCUUUUUAUAUUUAACGAGGGCUAAAGGGAAACAAGCGAUUUCCAUCUGUAAAGGGUUAUCGCAAAAGUGCUUUGAAAUCAUGCACUCGUGCAUACUGAAUUAUGUGUGAAAUCUAUUUCGUGUUAGCUGCACGCUCUGUUAAUUAAACGUUGUUGUGUUUUUUCUUCUAAUUGAGCAAGCCUCCUGAGUCUGAGAUUUAAAAACUAGAUUUUGCCCCUGGCACACCCCCCGAGAUAAUUAACCAACCAUCAGAGCCUACCUUAACGCUGGCUGCAAGUCAUUCUGCUGCUGCACUAUAAUAACAGAACAUGUUAGGGAGGAAGCCAAUGGAGGCUUAUUGAAGCUGUCAAAGAUCACAUCGUCUCUGUUUUUCUGGGAUGGGACUGCACUUAAUCUACUAAUCAAGUGAGCCACCAUGUUGACGAGGCUUUUCAGCGACCCCUCGCUGCUACCCGAUGUGCAGAAAUACUCCGGCUGGGCUGAGGACAGCGACGGAGAUGACUCAAUCAUUAAAGAAGAGGACCAAGACACACAGGACGACAUGGAUGGGUCUGAUCUGAGAGGAGACAGUCGGACACAAUCCGAGCACGCCGGAGAGGACGACGAAGUUGAUGAGGUGGAUGAAGAGGAUGACGGAGAGGAUACAGAGGGUGAUAGGCCCAAAAAAAGGGGCCCAAAGAAGCGCAAGAUGACCCCGGCCCGGAUCGAGCGCACCAAGGUGCGGCGGACAAAGGCCAACGCAAGGGAGCGGACUCGCAUGCACGACCUGAACUCCGCGCUCGACAAUCUGCGUAAAGUGGUGCCAUGCUACUCCAAAACACAAAAACUUUCAAAAAUCGAGACACUGCGGUUAGCCAAGAACUAUAUAUGGGCCCUUUCGGAGAUACUGCGCUCCGGGAAAAGGCCUGAUGUUGUGGCCUACGUCCAGACGCUGUGUAAGGGACUCUCCCAGCCCACGACCAAUCUCGUGGCAGGAUGCUUGCAGCUUAACUCCCGUAACUUCCUCACUGAGCAGCAGUGUCCGGACGGGGGCAGGUACGGGUCCGGCUCCCUCUCCAUGCAUUCCUACCAAUACCAGUGCGCGCGUCUCUCCAGCCCCCACUGCCCACCGGGCUCGAAUUCGCACCCGCUGAGGACGCACGGUUACUGCUCGGCCUACGACUCUGCGUACGGUGGGGGCGGAUCCCCGGAGUACAACAGCCCCGACUACGAGGGGCCGCUUAGCCCGCCUGUCUGCAUCAACGGGAACUUUUCCCUGAAACACCAGGGCUCUGCUUCCCCCGACAACGAGAAGGGGUACCACUACUCUAUGCAUUACUCCGGCCUGCCGGGCUCCAGACCCAGCGGGGCCCACAACCUGGUGUUCGGCUCCUCUGGGCCCCGGAGCGGCAUUCACUCUGAAAACGCCCUGCCUUACCACGACAUGCACUUACACCACGAACGGGCCCCUGUGUACGAUGAACUGAACGCGUUUUUUCACAAUUAG